CCUUUAAAGACAUUUUACAGAAUUAGCCCGUUUUUAAAAUGCCUAGAAGCAUUUUCACAUAUUCAAAUGACAUUUUAAAAUUCCUUCCAGGCUUGCUGAAGCGCUCAGUAAACGCUGAUUACAUCUGCCAGGGCCGGGCAAAUUAGCUUCCGACGCCACCACCACUCAGAAAACAGUGUGGAGCUAGGCCCACCCCACAGCCAGCAGUCUCCCCGCCCUCUCCUAGCACGCCUGCGCAGUUUAAUCCGCUCGCCCUCCCCUCCCCUGUGGCCACCAAGGCGCAGGCGCCACCCCGCCCUCUCACGCCCCUAUCCGCUCAGGCCCGCCCUCGAGUCUAGCUAGCCCUGCCCCUCCCUCGUUAAAACAGAGACCUACAGGUAGGGGUGCGCGCGACCUCUCCCGCCGUGCUCAGCCAAGGUUUUUAUGCCAAAUAAGAUGAAGCAGAAGCAGAUGGAGAAAUGAAGAACAGCGGCUGAGUGCAGAGGCCAGAGAAACACUUCCUGUGGCUGGAAGACACCAACCCCUGACAGCAGCAUUAUUUCCUUUGCAAUUUCAAGUUCUUAGAAAAUCGGUACUCAAGAGUUGGGAAAACUGAUAGGAAAUGCAGUGCAGCCCUGAAGCUGCUUGUGAUCCCAGAAUCAGCAGAGGGAAAGAUGGGCCUGAAUCUAGACCUUUGGCCCGCGGGACUCUCCUUGUCCCAGCCCUGCUUGAAGGCUGCUGUGAAUCACCCCGCUGGCUCCAAAGAUGGGCAGCAGUGAGCCCCUUCCCAUCGCAGACAGCGACAAGAGGAGGAAGAAGAAGAGGAAGGCCCGGGCCACUGACUCCUUGCCAGGAAGGUUUGAAGAUCAUCGAAAAACAAGCAGGGCACAGUCGGAGUCGGGUAUUCCGAGAGGUAGAGACGCUUUAUCAGUGUCAAGGAAACAAGAACAUUUUGGAGCUGAUUGAGUUCUUUGAAGAUGACACAAGGUUUUACUUGGUCUUUGAGAAAUUGCAAGGAGGCUCCAUCUUAGCCCACAUCCAGAAGCAGAAGCACUUUAAUGAACGAGAAGCCAGCCGAGUGGUGCGAGAUGUUGCUGCUGCCCUUGACUUCCUUCAUACCAAAGGCAUUGCUCACCGUGAUCUGAAGCCAGAAAAUAUAUUGUGUGAAUCUCCAGAAAAGGUGUCUCCAGUGAAAAUCUGUGACUUUGACUUGGGCAGUGGGAUGAAACUCAACAACUCCUGCACACCCAUAACCACACCAGAGUUGUCCACUCCAUGCGGCUCUGCAGAGUACAUGGCCCCGGAAGUGGUAGAGGUCUUCAGGGAUGAGGCCACUUUCUACGACAAGCGCUGUGACCUGUGGAGCCUGGGCGUGGUCCUGUACAUCAUGCUGAGUGGCUACCCACCCUUCGUGGGUCACUGUGGGGCUGACUGUGGCUGGGACCGGGGAGAGGUGUGCAGGGUGUGCCAGAACAAGCUGUUUGAGAGCAUCCAGGAAGGCAAGUAUGAGUUUCCUGACAAGGACUGGGCUCACAUCUCCGAUGAGGCCAAAGACCUCAUCUCCAAGCUCCUGGUUCGAGAUGCAAAGCAGAGACUCAGUGCUGCCCAAGUUCUACAGCACCCGUGGGUGCAGGGGCAAGCUCCAGAACGGGGACUCCCCACGCCGCAAGUCCUCCAGAGGAACAGUAGCACCAUGGAUCUGACACUGUUUGCAGCUGAAGCCAUUGCUCUUAACCGCCAGCUGUCUCAGCAUGAGGAGAAUGAACUGGCCCAGGAGCCAGAGGCCCUGACUAAGGGGCUCGGCUCCAUGAAGCUUUCUCCUCCCUCCAAGUCUCGCCUGGCCCGCCGGCGGGCUCUGACGCAAGCAGGCCGCAGUGGAGAGGCCGGAGCAUGCCUGACCCCAGAAGAACUCUGAACCACUCCAGUCGUGUGCUCAGGCCUAGACAUUGCCCCCUAGAAACCUGUGAGACCAGUCUGUGGAGCAGGCAGAGGGGUCUUGUCUCUGGCUCCAGUCAAGCUUAGAGAUCUCCAUCCACGAAGGCCCUGCAGUUCCCAGCCAAACCCCCAUUUCCCCACAGUCCUUGUAGGAAAAAGCUUUUUCCAAAGGGGUUGUCUUUGAAAAGGGAAGCAGUCACCUGUCACUGCAUAAUUGCGAGCAGCAGGAGCAUCUUUUUGCUGGGCUUCACCUGCUCACCUGCCUGCAGAGCCCCAGCCUGCUUUGGAAGCUACAGCUGGGGCCACAGCCUUCAGGGAGCCACCUUCGAGAAGCAGAAGCAUCGUUUGACAGAGGCUACUGACUCUUGGGCCUCUUCUACCUUGCUCUGUCCUCUGGAUGUCCUCCCUGCCUGUCCUCUCCCUUCCUGAGCAAACCCAUCGCCUCCAUACAGGAAGGGCAGGGGGCCCUUCUCCUUCAGGAGGCCAGAUCAAGUCUUCCCUUCUGCGGCGCAGAGGAGCACAUAAUCUUUCUUCACUGUGACCAAGAUGUGUUCCUCAUUUAUCAUCCUCUUCCUUCUUUGUGAUUGCUGCCAAAGUCAGUAUUAUUUUGGUUUUUAAAAUGUUUUUAGCAGUGCUCUUUCAGCAAAGACGGAAUUUUAAGAUCCCCCCUUUAAGCCCAUGGAUUUUCCAAGGCAGGAAGGAUGUCCAUGUGCUUGGUUUUUAAUUAGCUCUUCCCUGUAGUACUAACUGUUACCCUGAUGAGCACUUUAGAGUCUGUCCGUGUCUGUUACUGCUGUGUCCCCAGGUGCUGUAUGGAGGGUGGCACAGGUGGAAGGCAGUUAGAUGGAGCUUGGUGCCUGAGGCAAAGCCAGAUCAGAGGCAGGCCCACUGCCUGGGAGCACAGAAGGGCAGAUAAGCUACUGAGUUAUAUAACAAAAAUAAAUUUGCUUAUGUCAGACAUAUAUUCACCUCAGCCACUACAGUGCUAUCACAUAAUGUGCUUGUUUUAAUAAAACUUCAGUUUUAGUUGUGGCCUA